GCAAAACCUUUGACCUGUCUGUCACUCACCCUACCGCCCAUACUCCAUACCAUACUUCUUCUCAUCCGUGUAAGCAAAAACAUCUUUUUGUUCUUUACUCUUUUUCCCAUCAAAUUGAUUCACAUGAAUUCCGAACCAACUCCAACUUUGCUGUUCAAGAUUUCUCCUUCCCAUCAUACGCACUCUUAUUUGGGUUAGCAAUUAUAAUUUGUCUCUCGAUGUCGUCGAGACAUUUUCUACUGUUCUAACUGACUUGCAUCCUUUUCAGCAUGAAAAGAUCCUUGACCUCAAUGGGUCUGCAAGUCCUCUCAGGGGAUAUGUCUUGCCGUUCUUUCUAUAGAUGUUCAUCCGCUGUGACUUCGUGUUCAUUUCCUUUAUUCAAAGGAAGGAAUUCGAGAUAUAGAUACUCAGGGAAUUCAAGAACGUCCACAAGUUUCUCCACACAGGCAAUUCAUGGUUUCCCCGGCUUGUGUAAAGCGGGGAAACUGAAAUCAUUACAUUGCAAUUGCUUACCAGCCGAAAGGGUAAUUGAAAAAGUUUUUGAGGAUGAAAAGGGAAGAAAAAUGCAUACUGCUGCUACUCAGCAAUUGAAGAGUGGCAAUGGAGCUUUACCAUCCAGUAAAGGGUUGUCAAACUCAAUAGAGGAUGAGGCAUGGAAGUUGUUGCAAGAAUCAAUGGUGUAUUAUUGUGGUAAUCCUGUCGGAACAAUUGCUGCAAAUGAUCCCAAUGAUUCUAGUUGUCUCAACUAUGACCAAGUGUUCAUCCGUGACUUCAUACCCUCUGGGAUUGCUUUCCUGUUGAAAGGGGAGUAUGAUAUUGUACGGAACUUCCUCCUUCAUACUCUUCAAUUACAGAGUUGGGAGAAAACAAUGGAUUGCUAUAGUCCUGGACAAGGACUAAUGCCUGCAAGCUUCAAAGUGCGUACUGUUCCAUUGGAAAAUGAUGAGGGUGGAACUGAAGAUGUUUUGGAUCCUGACUUUGGUGAAGCAGCGAUUGGCCGUGUUGCACCUGUUGAUUCUGGAUUAUGGUGGAUUAUAUUACUGCGGGCAUAUGGGAAAUGUUCGGGAGACCUAUCUCUAGUAGAGAGGGUGGAUGUUCAAACGGGAAUGAAAAUGGUAUUAAAGCUAUGUCUUGCUGAUGGUUUUGAUAUGUUCCCUACUUUAUUGGUGACUGACGGCUCCUGCAUGAUUGAUCGCCGCAUGGGCAUUCAUGGCCACCCUCUUGAAAUUCAGGCAUUGUUUUAUUCAGCCCUACUAUGUGCAAGGGAGAUGCUUGCUCCUGAAGAAGCUUCCAUCGACCUUCUAACCGCCCUUCACAAUCGUCUUCUCGCACUCUCAUUUCACAUCCGUGAAUAUUACUGGAUUGAUGUAAAAAAACUAAAUGAAAUCUACCGUUACAAAACAGAAGAAUACUCUUAUGAAGCGAUCAACAAGUUCAACAUAUAUCCUGACCAGAUUCCUCACUGGCUGGUAGACUGGAUGCCAAGUGCAGGUGGCUAUUUAAUUGGCAACUUGCAGCCAGCUCACAUGGACUUCCGCUUUUUCUCUCUUGGGAAUUUGUGGUCAAUUGUGAGCAGUCUUGCCACGACGGAUCAGUCUCAUGCCAUAUUGGAUCUUAUUGAAGCGAAGUGGGAUGAUUUAGUGGCAAAUAUGCCCCUCAAGAUAUGUUAUCCCGCUCUUGAAGGUCAGGAGUGGCGUAUCAUAACCGGUGGCGAUCCAAAGAACACGCCUUGGUCUUAUCACAAUGCUGGUUCUUGGCCAACUUUGCUUUGGCAGCUGACAGUGGCAUGCAUUAAAAUGAAGAGGCCAGAGAUUGCUGAAAAUGCAAUUAAUAUUGUGGAGAAGCGCAUAAGUAGAGACAAGUGGCCUGAAUAUUAUGACACGAAACGGGGUUCUUUCAUCGGGAAGCAGGCACGCCUCUUCCAAACAUGGUCUAUUGCUGGUUAUCUUGUGGCAAAGCUCCUUGUUGCCAAUCCUAAUGCGGCAAAGAUGUUAAUUACCAUUGAGGAUACAGAGCUUCUUAGUGCGUUUUCCAGCAUCCUCAGUUCUAAUCCCCGUAGAAAACGAUCUCGGAAAGCAACUGCAAAGCAGAGUUACAUAAUAUGAAUUUAGUCGAAAAUUGAUUAAUGAUUACUGAUUAUUGUCCGUCCCAAGCAGCCACGUUUGUUUUUGUUAUUCUGCUUGGUUCGUACAUUGUAUCAUAAUGAUAGGAUAUAUUAUUAUAUUGAAUGGUGAGACUUCUUGGGUUAUGUAAUAACUCAUACGCACAUUUUAUAUAGGAAUUACAUAAAUGUUUGCCUUUUGGUCUGGAUGGAUAUUUUCUUUCCAUUCUCACUGACAAAGCUUGUUCACUCUUUUACGUCCUAGUGAUCUCUUUGGGCUU